AUGGAGGAGAAUGCACCGAGCAAGUUCCACAAGUUGAUGGCCAACAUUUUUGAGGCUGUCCAGAAACUCUGCUCUAAUGGUGCUGCUGCAACAUUACAUGAAGAUGCGAUGACUUUCCUCAACCUUGAUGGCAUGGAUGAUGUUGAGUAG